AUGCCUUCUCUUUCGUCAUACACCCCCUUCGAGUCCCUGCUCUUCUUCCAGUCUCUGGCGACGCUAAAGAGUCGUCCGGAUAGCUUUGCGCCAGUCUCAGAGCUCCUGCGGAACAAUCCCUUUAUCCAGCAGGAUGUCAAGUACGACGCGAACCGACUGAGCCCGCAGGCCCUCGAGGAGCUGUACACCACCCUCCUCGUAGACGGCGUCCGGUCUUCAGACGACGAGGCUUCGGACCACAGUCACAGUGCGCAGGAAACGGCCAAUCUGAAGAAGAGGAAACAUGCUCAGGCCGCGCAGGAUGGAACGGCCAGGUCACACUCCGCGGCCAUGCCGGACCUGGUCGAUAAGCUCUACGCUAGGUACAAGGAACGCGUGACGAGGGAGAUACGGCGAGAGGAACAGCGGUACGCCGAGAUCAAGGACGAGAUACGACGGCUAGAGGCCGGAGAGGACCUGCAGAAACAGCCUGUCACUGCUGAUGGUUCGAACGUGGCAUCCAGCACAGGUGCUGCUGCUACUCCACCGCCGAAGCCGGAGGCUGCGCGGGAAAAGGUGCCCGGCAGGAUCCCACAGGAAGCAGUGCAAGCACCUGCUCAAACACCCACUACUGCAGGCACACCGCAAGGAGUACGGCCUGUACAACCCACGGUGGGACCGCCUGCAGUGACUGCCCCUCAAGAAGCUCCGAUCCCUUCUACGUAUAACUUCAAACCAGUGCCGUUGGCCAACCAGGCACAACAGCAGCAGCAGCAGCAACAACAACAACCUCCCCAAGCAUCUCCACCUGUCAGCACCCCAGGAGCCAAUAUAUACCCCAAUAUCCAGCCAUUUCCCCCACCUGCUCAUCCGACGUCAACCUCAGCCGCAUCACAGCCCGCAUAUCAAAAUGUACCCCCACCUAUGCCUCUUAACAGAGCAACCCAACAACCCUCACUUCAACCACCGCCACCACCGAAUACAACUUGGAAUAGAACACCCCAGAUACCACCUAAAACAGUUCCUCAGACCGUCAAGUUUCAGCCUCUUUUAACUCCCCAAACAAUACCCCAGUCUUCUUACGGCCAUGGAUCUGCUCGCUCCACCCCGAAACCAAGCAACCAGGCGCGUAACAAGGCAACACCCACACCUAAACCCCUUGCUCCUAACGUCGAUAAACCCAGCAUUCCUCCUACCCAGAAUCCCCCACCUUCAGCACCACCAGCAAUAGCUCCGCCCCCGGCCGGUGGGGUUAGCAUCCCUACUCCUCUACCGACAACCACACAACCUACUGUUACUCCGGAUGCUGCGGCCCUUGAAAAACUCAAGACUCAGCUCCCGUCUUUUGCGCAGUCAAUAGGCAAGAGACCACCUCGGCCUUCGUUGGUCACGCCCAGCGGUAAUACACCGUGGAAGAUACCUGGUCCUAUAUCGCUACCUAAUGAGCCCGGUUCUCCUGAACGGCCAAAAUCUGCUGAUAUUAGUCCUAUCAGUGAGCGAGCUUUGUCACCUUCAGGACAAGAAGAUGUAGAACAGUGGACGGGACAGGCGGCGCGUCGUAAACUGGACCUUGGUGGCGCAGCCCCUCGUGAGAGCCCCAAGCAUGCGGGAGAUGCUUCUUCGCCCAGCAAUCCACCUUCGGGCCGUCCUCGAACACGCGGUCAGUCCAUUGCCUCGCGCGGAGAGGAUACCCGUCACAUCAAAAACGAGCUUCCAAGCACUCCAGUAGGUAUCACCGGAGAUGACAUGGAUAGUGGCCACUAUCGUGCAAAGCGGAAAAGGAGUCCCAGUGGGUCUUUCUCCCUAGCUCAUGACCAACGGCCGUCAGAUUGGUUGAAAGAUAGCCAAUACGUGAUGUGCUCACGGACAUUUGGCCGUACUUGCGGUCCGAUAAUGAACGACGUAGCUGCUCAUAAGUAUGCGUCCAUCUUUGCCAAGCCAUUGACGAACCGCGAUGCGCCCGGGUACAAGGAUCUCAUAUACCGCCCUCAGGAUAUAAAAUCUAUCAAGUCUGCUAUACACCAAGGCAGCCGUGCCGUUGCUGCAGCUUUAGAAGCUUCCCAGACAACGGAGGAAACUCCACCAUCGACAACAGCAAGCGCAUCGGCCUCGGCAGCAGCAGCAGGAGCAGCAGCUUCAGGAGCGGGCCCAUCAGCUAAGAGUAACGUACUGCUAGCUACUAAAUCAGCAGAACUAAUGCCGCCGAAGGGAAUAGUAAAUUCCUCGCAGCUAGAAAAGGAGCUGAUCCGCAUGUUCGCAAACGCAAUCAUGUUCAAUCCUACACCAGAUCAUACUUUUGGCCCAGCCUUUCCCAUGCGAACUGACUCUUCUUCUCGAGAAGGGACGCGAAGCGCAGAACCCGACGAGGGAGGCAUUAUCAAUGACACGCUGGAGAUGUACGAGGAUGUCGAAAAGGCAAUUUCCACCUGGCGCUCUGCUGAACGCCCUAUGGAUGACGCGGGUGGGAAAGCCUUUCUAGCUUUGAAGAGAGGAACUCCAGUGGAUUCUAACGAUGCAGAUGAUUGA